UUUGUAAUAUAAAUUAAAACAGGAGACACAAUAUGAAUAGAUUGGAAACACUUAAAAAUUAACAUUAGAAAUGGGGGGAAAUUUUCUCAACCGAGAAGACUGCAGUUUUUUUCCACCUAUUUAUAUAUAUAUAUGUGUGUGUGUGUGUGUGUGUGUGUGUGUGUGUGUGUGUGUGUGUGUGUGUGUGUAUAGGUAGAUAAUAAUAUAAUGUAAAUAACAAGUACAUACAUAACAUAAAUGAAACAUAUGGUAUGUCAAAAAUGCGACCCCUGGUGAAGAAUGGGCUGACAAAAUCAGAGUGCAAACUAUUCACUUUGGCCGAGCAGCGUUGCUUGGAUCGCCUUCAACAAGAGAAGGCAAUGGAGGAGGAGAGAGCUGAAGCACAAGGGGCAGCAGGAGAGAAGAAAGAGAAAAAAGACAAGAAAUCCAAGUCUGAUUUGGACUCAAAUACGCCCAAGGGGCAGCAGGAGAGAAGAAAGAGAAAAAAGACAAGAAAUCCAAGUCUGAUUUGGACAGAAAUACGCUGCUUCGUCUGCCAAAGACUUCAAAAUUAUUGGAAAAUGCAGUCAGUCAGAACACUCCAAAUGACAGAGAGAAAGAGGUCGAGCAGAUUUACCAGACUAGUUUCAUGCUUGUAUGUAUGUAGGAAGAAGAGCAACUCUAUGGAAGAAGGAAGAAUCACAGAGGUUAGAGGCAUUUUUUAUUUUUUAUACCAAAAUAUAUAUGUAUGUAAACAUAUAUAUACGGUAUGUCAAAAAAUGCGACUGCUGGCAAAGAACGGGCUGACAAAAUCAGAGUGCAAACUAUUCACUUUGGCCGAGCAGCGUUGCUUGGAUCGCCUUCAACAAGAGAAGGCAAUGGAGGAGGAGAGAGCUGAAGCACAAGGGGCAGCAGGAGAGAAGAAGAGAAAAAAGACAAGAAUCCAAGUCUGAUUUGGACAGAAAUACGCUGCUUCGUCUGCCAAAGACUUCAAAAUUAUUGGAAAAUGCAGUAAGAACACUCCAAAUGACAGAGAGAAAGAGGUCGAGUAGAUUUACCAGACUAGUUUCAUGCUUGUAUGUAUGUAGGAAGAAGAGCAACUCUAUGGAAGAAGGAAGAAUCACAGAGGUUAGAGGCAUUUUUUAUUUUUUAUACCAAAAUAUAUAUGUAUGUAUACAUAUAUA